GCGCAGUUCGUUUCCCUCAUGUCUGGUGUUCACCAGGCUACAGACAGAGCCAACGUGAAGUCUUUCUUUUGCGGUGCCAGAAAGCAAUAAUAUUUUGAACUCCUCGGCUUUUUAUUACUCAUAUUUUUUGGUGCCAGCUUUUAUUUUGUUUCCUUCAAAGGUCUUCUUCUGAGGGUUUAUCGUUAGGGUUGUUUGAAACGUACUCUUUGUAUACUUGCGUGGGACUGGGCCCUAAUAUUCAUAAUAAGACGUGUCGGGUUAUUGGUUGUUGGACAGUAAAUCAUUAUUUUAUAUUUUUUUUACCGAAUUCACUAAACGUGCUACCACUAGCUAUGCACCGGUAAUUUAUAGAACAAAGUUACGGUCAUUGUGUUAGAAGUGUUGCUAAUACGUCGUGAUCCGUGACUAUUCUAUGUAUGACAAACAGUAAUAGUCAUUGCUGAUUAGUUGUCUGGAUUUUUUUUUAACAACACUGCAAAGUUGCAACAGCUACAUUAGUCGGUAGUAGUAAAAAGUGUAAUUAUGGGUGCAAAGCAGUCGAAGAGGUCCGUAGAUAUAACUACAACUCCGAAAAAAGAAGGUGAAAGUCCGGUCGAGGGAGAGGGAAGAGUAGAAAAAAUCGGUGAUGCCGAUAUUAAAGUAACCACGAAUGGAACGGUUCACACAGAUAUCGAAUUUGCGGAUAAAGAAGAAACGGCCAAAGAAUCUGAACAGAAAGAAGCGAAAGAAUUGUCAGGCGGUGAAAAUGGUAUUGCGACAGAGGCCGAAGAAGCAACAGCACCGGAAGCAGGUGACGCCACUAAUCAUACGGUAGAACAAACCAACGAAGUGACCACCCCCGAAGAAAAGUCUAACGAGUCAACAGAUAAAGUGGAAGAAAACGGUGAUAACAGUAGAAAGAACAAAGAAAAGACGAAAAAGAAAAAGUGGUCGUUUAGGAGCAUUUCGUUUUCGAGGAAAGACAAGCCGAAACCAAACAAAGAAAGUGAAAAGAACGGAGAAGUAAAAGAGGUUGCUGAAGAGGGUACGGAAGAACCAGUAGCUUCACCGGAAGCCAAAGAAACUAAGAAAGAGGUAGAAGAACAGCCCCCAGAAAAAUCCGUUGCCAAUGGUGAUGCUGCACCUGAAGAAAUCGAGAAAACUGCAACAAACGUUGAAUCAAAAGCCACACCGGAAACGAAGUCCGAAGAGGUUCCAAAGCCCGUUAACGAAGCCCCCGUAGAGAACGUUAAAGAAAAGGAAGUUGAAAAUGCUCCUCCUGCGGAAGCUCCCAAACCUCCUGUAGAAGAACCUAAAGUAGAGGAACCUAAAGUCCCUGUCGAAGAACCCAAACCUGUUGAACCCGUGGUCGAGGAGACCAAAGAGGUGCGUAGUGAGGAAAUUCCUCCUCCUUUGCCUUCCUCUAAUCCACCUUCUUCGGUGACGGUAUUCGCUGAAUCUACUAUGGCCGAGGUAGUACCGCCCGUGUCACAAACUUCUCUUCCGGUUAACGAAAGCACUCCUCUUUCUCCGGUUAAAGAACCGUUGGCUCAGUCGAGCCCCGUUCCUAGUCCCGAAAAGGUUGAAAAACAACCUGAGAACAAAGACGUUUCUUCUUCUAGUUCUGUAGUCGAACAAAAGAUUGAGACAAGUCAACAAACUACUGAUGUAAUUUCUCCUGCACCUUUGAACGUUGCUACUCCCGUAGAACAACCUAAAGAGCCUGCAACAAAAUUAGAACAACCAGUCGAAACUCUUUUACAGCAAACGACUUCUGAAGCUUCAGUUCCUAAUACUACCCAACCACCUUCUGAUGGACCCAUAGAAACUCCCACAAAACCUUCAGAAAUUUUACCAACAACAGAACCUUCUACUCAACUCACUGUUGUCUCCUCUGAAUCUCCUAAAGUUCCCGAUCAAUCACAAAUUGCUGAAAACCGACCUACUGAAAUUGUAACUCCUGUAUUAAAAGAAUCUUCAUUAGAAACGCCAGAAAUUCUUAAAGAAAAUCCAGAAGUGCCAAAAAUUCCCACUAGUAAUGAAGUUACUGCAGUUGUUGAACAACCAGUCACAAAUGUAGAAAAUACUAUUGACUUAUCCGAGCAGCUACCUCCCGAAAAACUUCCUGUAAAUACCCCUGAACAAACACUAGUAGAAAUAACACCAACUGUUCCCGAACAGUUGUCAGAUAAGGGACCUUCUGAGACUGCGCAAGAACCAUUGAAAACUGAGUUACCUGUUGUUACUUCUGAACCAGCACAAAAAACUGCUGCUUCCCCGGAACAAAUUAAGGACCAACAAGAAAAUAUCACAACUUCUGAACCUGAACAAGUAAAAACGCAGGAGCAAAUUGAAUCAGUGCCAACAUUGCCCGAAUCUACCUCGCCAUCUGAAAAUAAGACUGAAAAUAAGCCAGAACUACCUACAUCUGUUGAAAAUGCGGUGUCCUCUUCUCCUUUAUCUUCCCCUAUCGUUAAAGAAGCUGUUGACGUUUCUGCCGUUAAGCUGAUCUCGCAGCCUAGUGAAUCACCAGUUCCGAAAAGCGAUUCUUUACCUGACAUUUCGACUGAAUCUCUUCCAUCAUUACCUGAACCCAUUUCCGACAGUCUUCCAGAGCCUAUGUCACUACCCCCUCUAGACGCCGUUCCAGAACCCAUAGCAUCAGAUACCACUUCCGUUGCCAACAACGUAGUAGAUUCAGUACCUGCUCCUGCAUUAGAUAAAACGGAAACUUCUAUACCCCCUUCUCAGAACCCCCUCCCUCCAACUGAAGCAGUUGUUAUGAACGGCAACGCCAAUGAAUCUUCCUCGCCAGUCGCUGAUGUCCCGCCAUCUGUCGAUCGACCAAUCAAACAGGUGGUUAAAGAAAUCGAACCAGUUAUUAAUAACGAGAUUGGACAAGGAGACAGGCAACCUGAAGGAGAAGUUAAAGAGAAUAAGGAACCAACUGCUGCUGCAGUGGAAGAAUAAAACAAUGUGUACUACUAUUCUGAUGUAAAAGUUUUAACCCUAUGUGAACAUUUCGAAUGUGUUAAUAAUAACCGAAAGUAAUUUGGAAGUCAUUCCUGGCAGUGACUGCAAUCGACCAAGCGUAACAAAGACACUGCCAUUUUUUUGUUAGGCUGCAAACCCAUUCUUGAGAAAAAAAUUUAAGUAGUAGUUGUCGAUAAAGACUUAUUUAUGUCGAAAUUACUAGAUUAACACAUUUCGAAUAGUCGUCAAAAAAUAGCAAAAAGGAAAUUUGGAGAAAUUUUGGACGAUUUUUAUACAUAUAUAUUAAUACUUUUUAAAAUGAAAUAUACAAUUGUAAAAUACAUAUAGCAUAGUUUUUAGAGUUUUUAAGAGUAGUAAUCUCAUAAACUUCUGUAAUCACUUAUCAUAAUUAUUAUCAUCUUCAACAAACAACAAAUUCCUUUGAAGUCGUAAGUAGUCCUGUUAAUUGAUUAAUUUUAUUCUGUUUUCCAGCUCUUAAUUUUUAUGCUUUGGCAGUAACUUUGAGUGUGUAUUAUUUUGUCCAAGAGUCGUGUUUAUUAUUUAAAUAAUGUUGCUGUAUCUGUAUCAUAUUCUUUUUGUUCUAUUAAUUCGAAUACAGGUAAUUUUUUGUAAAAAAAAAAAGAUGGGGAAUUAGUGAGGAUUUUUUAUGUGUGAUUGGUGUCUACUACUACAGUUACAACUAAAAGGAAAGAGAUAGCAAAAUGGCAGCUUUUCCUUAGUUGCAUUAAAUUUAUGGGCGGUACAUAAGGAUAAAUAUUGCUGGUGGAUUAACUGAAUUGACCCCACUUUUGUAUAAAAUAUUGUUCACAACGAAAUUAGUUCUUGUUUUGGUGUAUCAAAAUUUUAAUACGUUAGUCUAGUUCUUAACACAAAAAAUUUUAUUAUAAUUUUAGAGUCUAGCCGAUAUUUUGAUAUUUUGCCCCAUCCUCUGUAAUUUGGGAAGUAUCAAAAUGGCUGUGUAUUCUCCCUAUAUAUAAUAUUGUAUGUGUGUAUGUGUUUAUAAAUAAAAUAUACCUAGAAUGUUUCCUAUC